GGCAAAGUGCCCAAUACUCAUUAGCUGCCUGCCAAACGGUCUUUGAACUCUUCGCAAGAUUAAAAAUGGUGGCCGCCACAGCCGAGUUCAGCCGCGUGUUCUCUGCGUUCGACCGUGACGACGACGGCAAGAUCUCGGCCGCCGAGCUGCGGUUCUGCGUGAAGGCCGCGCUUGGCGAGGACCUAUCGGCCGAGGACGCCGAGGCUCUUGUGGCGUCGGCUGACACCGACGGCGACGGGGUACUGAGCCAAGAGGAGUUCCUGAAGCUGGUGCAGCUGGAAAUGGAGGAGGAGGAGCGGUGCCGGGGACUGAAGGAGGCGUUCGGGAUGUACGAGAUGAAAGGCGAGGGGUGCAUCACGCCGCUGAGCCUGAAGCGGAUGCUGAGCAAGCUUGGCGCGCACCAGGAGAUUGACGAGUGUCAGGCCAUGAUCUGCAGGUUUGAUCUGAACGGAGAUGGGGUGCUCAGCUUUGAGGAGUUCAAGAUCAUGAUGCAUGAUGCAUAGUAGUACGAUGUAUCACUGGCAUGUUUGUUCAGUGUGCUAACUCAAAUGUUCAUUAGUUUGUGUAGUGGUAUCGUGUAUGCAAGAGGGGAAAUUUACAUGUAUUGAUGGAUUUUUUCAUAUCUUUCUGCCAAA